GCAUGUACCUAUCUGAUAAACUAUUAAUAUAAAUAAAAAAAUCCAAAAGGAAUCGAUGCGACCGACAACAUGAUUCGUUUAGUAGUAAGCACAUUAUGCAUAUCAGCAUGGCUGUGGUUUGGUGAAAUCUACGUUGGAGAAUCGUCUGUCGUCAACAGAGCGGGAUGGGUGUGUCAGGUACAAGACAAGAUCUACCACGAGGGAGACAACUUCACCAUUAGCAGGAGCGGACCGUGUCUCGUGUACCAGUGUCGCUUUGGACUGGCCAGGGUCGUCAACUAUGGUUGCCUUCACCAAAACAAAUGCCUCAGUCUUGGAGACCAGAUAGAAACCAACUGCGUGAAACAAGAAUGUGUGCACGAGAAUGGAGGGGUGGGAUUCAAAGCUGUUAAAUAUGGCUGCCCAGCUGGAUCAGGGUGUAUUGACGUGGGCCAGACUUACAAAGAUGGCUGCUAUGACUUCAUCUGUGAGAAAGACGUGGUGGGCGGCAACGUGUACUACAUACUGAAUCGCACAUCGUGGGGCUGUUACUACAAUAACAGGUGUUUCAAAGAAAACGAAAUUGUUGUGCGUAACUGUGUGACAAAACGAUGUGAAAAGAGGGGAUUCAUCGUCGGCAUGUUUGAUACCAAUAAAGCCUGCAAGGCGGAAAAUAAGUGUUAUAUGAUCAACGAAACGUACACGAAAGACUGCACCAUCUUCACGUGUCAGGAGCAGAGCAUUAACGGAAUCAAGUUCUAUGGCGUAUUUCCCACCGGCGUUUUGUGUCAAGAUUCGGAAGGUAACUGUCACAAGAGCGGAGAGUUAUUCUCUAUUGGCAUAAACAACCACAUACGUCAUAACUGCACUUGCCAGAUCCAUGGGCUCAAAAUUAACUACGGUUGCGCUCUUCAAUAAGGGAAACAAAAUCAUAAAAUAAAAAAUAAAUUUUUUGAAAAAAUA